AUUAAUCGGCUCUUAUUUUGUUAUAUUUUUUUAUGGGUGCAAAAAACCUACAAGCAUUUUUAUUCACUUAUUCCAUACGAACAUCAUCUCUGGUUACGUCAUCGAAAAACUUGACUGAUCUGAUCUGAGUACUAGUCUUAAAACCAGAAUCUACAAAAUGGACGCCUGCAUAUUUUUUCGGUUUUACAGCACUAAUUUUGUGGCAAAGUUUGUCAGCACUGUUAAAUGCCGCUUAGCUUGAUGGCUUUAUUUUGAUCAUUGACCAUUUAUAUUUUUAAACAAGCAUGGGCUCAAUGGAUACCAAGAAAUACAGUGAGAAAUGCUCGAUUCCAGAUCUCGACGACUUGCUGCCCAACCGCAAGUACCACUGCAAGAUGUGCCCUCGACAACAAGUAUUUAAGGGGCUGCCCCUGUACAAUCGGCAUAUGAAGAAAAUUCACAAAAUAGAAUUUGAAGAAAAGGAUUGUUUUCACUGCCCGGUCAAGCACUGUCGGCGCCAUGAACAUAUGCCCAAUAACGUCAUCAUGACAAAGUUCCACAUGGUGCGUCGCCACUACCAGGAUAGUCACUUGGUGAAGAAAUACAAAUGCCAACAAUGCAAACGAAGGUUCCUUUUGAAGGAGCAGUAUUUGAAACACAAAUGUCGGCUUGGUCUGAAGGAAGAAACCGACUCGGAAACCGAAAACGAUGAGAACGAAUUUGUGGAUGUGGAGAAUAUAGAUGAUACGAACAGUUAUGUGAGUAGAGCCGUGAAAACGCCGCUGAAGGAAAGCAUGGAUAGCAAAAACGUUGGAGGUAAUAAUGUGGAGAUUAAAGAUGCCAUGGAUAACUAUUUGUUGUGCUGGUCCGGCGAAAAACACUGUACAAAAUGCCGUAGGAAGUACAAGCGCAGACAUAGCUGCCAGGAGCAUAUCUGUAAUCUGUGCAGCCGUAUAUUCUAUCGCAAGUCAGACCUGGCCGCGCAUGAGUUUACCUUGGCCCAUAUUUCAAAACAGAAGGAUAAGGUUCUUAUGGAAGAUAUGGUGCUUAUUGAAGAUAUGCAGAAUUUGAUUCGCAGAAUAGAAUCCAAAGAUUUCCAGGACGAAUCAUUGAUAAAUACGCUGGGUGCCCUUGUCCCGACGUUCCAGAAAAUACAGGAUUCUAUUCCAAAGACAUCAGCGCGAACGACUUAAAUAUUUUUUUUCUACACAUGUGUUACGAUCUUUAAAUAAAUUUGUUUUUCA